AUGGAUUUCAGCCACGACUCUUCCAGCUUCACCAAGUUCAACUCCGCCCUCACCGCGGGCCUCUUGAACCCAAUGUCGCCCCCACCCCCAAUCGACAAGGCCCGAUCCAGCCCAACCCUCUUCGAAAUGAUGGCCACCGAGCCCGAUCUCCAUCCCCGAACCCACACCCACGCCCCCACGGCCCAUCAAACCCAUACUCUGACGUUGCAGCGAAUAUCCGACAUGCUGGGGAAUCGCAGCCCCGGUAACCAGUUCAACGACCCUUCCUCCAGCGACAUUGACCUCACCCUAUCCUCCAAAGACGGCAUCACCGUUUCCAUCAAACUCCACCGUCAUAUCCUCGUCGCCCACAGCAGAUUCUUCGCCGUCAAACUCUCCGACCGCUGGGCUCAGCAGCAGGGCUCCACCUUACCUUACAUUGUCGAAAUCGCCGACUGCGACGACGUUGAAGUUUACAUCGAAGCCUUAAGUUUGAUGUACUGUAAGGACCUUAGGAAGAAGCUCAUGAGGGAGGAUGUCUCCAGAGUUUCUGCUGCGAUUGGAUUUGAUGCUGGGGUUUUGUCUUGUUUGGAGUACUUGGAAGCUGCUCCUUGGGUGGAGGAUGAGGAAGAUAAGGUGGCAUCGCUUCUUUCCGAGCUUCGUCUUGAAACUGUGGGAGCUGGUGAGGUUAUGAAGAGGGUUUCGUCUCAAGUUUCCAACGGGAAUGAAGAGGGGAAUGACAAUGAGCAAGUUCUUCUGAAACUUAUUCGUGUUGUUCUUGAAGGCAAAGAUGAGAAGGCCAGGCGUGACAUGAAAGGGUUGGUGUCAAAGAUGCUUCGUGAAAAUUCAAAUCAGAAUGAUCUUCGGAAGGAGUCGUUGUACUUGGCAUGCGACGACUGUAUGCAAUUGCUUCGUUGCCAUUUUCUGCAGGCUGCAGCUUCAGACCUGCUUGAUGUUAGUCAAAUUGCACGGCAGGCGGAUAACUUGCAUUGGAUCUUGGACAUUUUGAUUGAUAGGCAGAUUGCUGAGGAUUUCCUCAAGACAUGGGCAUCUCAAUCGGAAUUGUCGGAAGCACAUUGUAGAGUGCCUGCGGUUCACAGAUUUGAGGUUAGCAGAGUCACUGCGAGGUUGUUUGUUGGGAUUGGGAAGGGACAGCUAUUGGCUUCGAAAGAUGUCAGGUGUUUACUUCUGAAGACGUGGUUGGUACCUUUUUACGAUGACUUUGGUUGGAUGAGGAGGGCAUCCAAAGGACUUGACCGGCACCUAAUUGAGGACGGUCUUAGUAGCACCAUUCUCACUCUCCCACUCUCCUCGCAGCAGGACAUCUUGCUUGCUUGGUUUAACCGUUUCUUGAAUUCUAGUGAAGAUUGCCCGAAUAUACAGAGAGGUUUUGAAGUUUGGUGGAGAAGGGCUUUCUGGAAGCGAAAUGGGGAGCAAGAACGGAAACAACAAUUACGAAUAACAACAACAAUUGAAAACUCUUGA